AAGAUCGCGCAGCGCACGCGCCGCAGACGGGGCUCGCCGCGUUUCGCUUCUAAAACCUCGUCUCGCGCGGCGCAAUACAUUCCGUGUACUGCUUGGGCGUCAGCUCGGCGUUUUACGUGGUACUUCGAGAGCUGUGUCCUUGCGUUAUUUCGCUGCUAUCGAUACCGUACGGUGUCAUUCUCUAUUAGUUCCGCAAGCGCGAGUCGAAGACGAACGACGAGACGAAGACGACGAUCUGCGGGCCGGACUCCUGUUUCCUCCCACUGUGAGACGCUGAGCUUUUCCAUUACGUACGGUCACCUUGAGAACAGAAGAGUGAGCGGGAAGUUUCGCAACAUUUACGAAACGCAGGCUUUGACACGUAGAGACAGCCGACCGAAGAGUAGGACACAGUCUGCCCGACGUCACGAGCAGGUAGUAUUUGAAGCGCUCGAAGAACAGACGAAACGGUUUCAACGAUGAGCAGCUCUGCCUUUACGUAGACAGACGAUCGAGAUUUCAUUGAGCGAGCAGACGCCAGACUUGACAGCGACGCGGGAAGACAUCGACGAGUGAACGAAAAGUCGAAGUAGAGGAGCGCGGGCAAGCGGAGUCUAUACGACGGGACAAGAAGGCUUGGAAACCUCGUGUAGUACAAUACAACGGAUACAAGAGACGAUGUGUUGUUAAGAUCGACGCCGUGUAACGAAAGAAGGGGGAAAAAAGAGGGGAGAAAAGGUCACGUGACGUCGCUCUCUGUCCGCGGGAAACACGGCGUCCUUUCAAGAACCGUCCGAUGAGAAAGUGACGCUCCCGUACAAGUGUGUCCUCCAUGGGCCACGUCGCAAGAGUUCGGUGAACGAGGAGGUGGCAGGUGGAGGCGAGCGGCCCGAGCAGCACCUGCCCGGCAUGCGGGAAAACAAAUUAGUGUUGAUCGGCGCCGGCGGUGUGGGCAAAACUUCGCUCAUCGUACAGUUCAUGGAAGGAUUGUUCGACAGCGUUUACAAGCCGACAGUCGAGGACUGCUACCGGAGCUCCAUACAAACGCCAGACGGCAUUUACCACACGGUGGACAUCCUGGACACGGCGGGUUCCCACCACUUUCCGGCCAUGCGCGAGCUGAGCAUCCGAUCGGGACGGGGUUUCGUGCUCGUCUUCUCCCUCGACAGCAUGCAGUCCUUCCACGAGGCUGCCCAGCUCUGGCAUCUGAUCGCCAAGAUUAGAGGCGAGCGAGUCCCCAUCGUCCUGGUGGGCAACAAGUCGGACCUGCUCUCCACCCGCCAAGUGCCGCAGGACAUGGCGAUGAGGCUGGCCCAGGAGAGCAUGCACAACUGCCGCUACCUCGAGACGAGCGCCAAGUACAACGUCAACGUGGCCGCGCUCUUCGUCGAGCUGCUCCAGCAGGCGUGCGCCAUGGAGCGCCAGCAGCCGCCGCCGCCGCCGCCACCGCCAAUCCCUGCGGCGGCCGGCCGCUCGCUCCGGCUCUCCCAGCGGCUCGGCUCGCUGGGCAGCUUGCCCAGCAGCAUGCGGCGCAAGUCGAGCGCCGCGUCGGCGACGGGAGGCUGCGGCGGAAGCAGCAGCUGUCCCUCCCCGUCGACGCCCCGGAGCCGCAAGGCGUCGAGACAAGUCGAGUCGGCGCCGGCAGCCAGCCACGACGGCGCGGAGGACCCGGACCAGAAGUGCCACAUCUUAUGAGCGAUCGCGCUCCGCUUUUUCGUCUGCCCGGCACGUUGUGUACGGUGGGCCGCAAGGGUUUUACGGGACGCGAGAUUUGCGGGAAAGCAAGCUUACCCCUCCCGCCGAAAGCCUGGGCACGUGGCCUCUAAUUCAAAGUUCGAUGCGUACGGUAUACUAGGAGAACGGUAAAUCGGGGCGAGUUCGUUACUUCGACAGCGCAAAAGUACGCAGACUAAACGGACGCAGCGCGCGGUCCUGCCGAUUCUUCGUCCCUCUUAAGCCUUCCUCCUUGGCGCUGUAGAAGUAACCUGUAGAUGUAUUACCGAACUGCACGAUGUUGCAUUAAAUUAGAAGCGUCGCGGUUAACGGGGCAGAAAUUCACUCUUGUCGCAGAAACCAUGUCCCGUAAAUUUUGUGGCCGACUGUACGUACUUCUGUCUCAGUGUGCUCACCUUCUCUGUCUUCUUUUCACGGCACUAUAGCAAAUGCCCCCUCGUUAACGGAAAGAGUUGUACGGAAACACGUAAGGCGCAAAGAUUUGAGAAAGCUAAAGUACACAGGCAUUCCCUGUCAGGUUGGAUGGCAACUUCUAUUCACGUCAUUCUAUUCUGCGUCGAAAGACAGCAAAGGUCACUGCACGCGCGACCACCACAGUUACAGGGGCCACGUAAACAUAUGACCUUCUACAGAACCAUUCGGCGCUCCCGAAGGCACAAGAACAUUAAGUACAGAACGUUUAUAGUACAGCGCCUGUUAUUCUCUUGAGAUAUGUAACGCCAAGAGCGCUACAAUGCCGACCGUAGGGAGCACAGAAGCUGUUACGGUCAUAUGCGGGGCAGACUUUGGACUCCGACGGUAACCAUCGGGCGAUAAAACUCUGCUCGGAUCUGCGCUUUCAGGUAGUAACCACAUGAAGCCUGCACACCAUGCACAAUCUUUGGCGCAGCGUCAACGCGUCCAUUUCGCGGAGCGCGAUGACGUGGCAGGUGGACGUCUUUGCGGUCGGAAAAAAAUCGCAAACACGUGCCUCGAAAUAGAUGUGGCGAUGCGGCGCCAAUGGUGUGCCCGAAAUACGCUUCAUGAGGUUGAUGCUUCAGAUCAAGCCAACGCGGUAAACGGAGGGGCUACCACAGCGCCCCCGAGCGGUUCUGUAUACGCCCGCCCUCUAAAUCCUGGGCACCAAAGAGCUUAAAUUAAACGUUGUAUACGGUGCGCGCAAGUUUACCUUCCAGAUAACGUUCAGCAGACGCCCGCGCGUUUAAAAGCCCGCUGCGCUGUGGCGACAUAUGGAUAGACCACUUCGACAUCUGGAAAACAAGGUCCGGAAAAAAGAUUAUCGCGUCGCUAAGUGUCGCCCUCGUACCCACUUUGAUACCCGUGUGCUAUCCACUGAUCUGCACCCUGUUUUGCGUACGUCGCAGCGUUUCGCUAUCUAGUAGGCAUGCGUUGGCGUGACGCCAAUGCAAAUCCUGCGACAGGUUAGUGUGGAACCGUGCGUAUAUUGAUCGUGCGCAUGCUUACCAGUAUGUUCUUUUUUUCACAAUUAAUUUUGCUUGUUUGGCUUUUUUGUUUCUCUUUUUGGCAAGCCCUGUUCUGUCAAACGUCGUGUAGCAACCACGUUGCACGUGUGUCUUGUGGCGUGCCCGCUGCAGGUUUCGUAAGCCGGAUAAGUUGACGCGAUGGGCGGCUCAUUCUCUCGAGUCCCAUACCGCACAUGUGCGGACCGAGCGGUGGUCGCGCACUGCACACGGUGUCACACACUACUUGUUCAAGGUUUUUCGUCAUUUUGUACUCACCUGACGUGCACGCGUGAAUGGGGCAGUUGCCCACCGAUCGCUCGAUUAUUUUUUCGCGCACCACUUGUCCGGACCGUGCGGACACGGCGAGCUGUACGUCCUCGUACACGUUACUGGCCAACACGACCCGAGACAGGCGCGAAGGCCACUGAUCGCGUCUACCGCGAAAAGUGAACUUGUUUUAGCGCACGACAGAUACGGGCAGGUGAAGAAGGAACACAUUACACACGUGUCGUCAUGAGUUCGUGUCUGUCAGUGUUUAAAACAAGUUCACUGCGAAUAACCAAAGCUCUCCCAAAUUUCGGCCUUGACUUUUUCUUGAAGCUCCAACAAAUUUUGUUGAGCUGUUCAGAUCGCUCGGAUCUCAAAAGUCUGCUCAGAAUCGGGUUUCUUUCCUGUUUUUUUUUUUCUUUUUUGUCUUUCCAAUCAAAGAAUUCUCGAUGUAGUCUCUAAGGCCUCUGCAAACUAAGAAGUGUGUACACUAUGUAGCGAUCGAAUGCAAUGCUGAGAGAGGAGGCACAAAUGAACAUUUGCUUUCCCAUAGUCGUGCACAGAAUUCACACAUCGUGGUUCCAGCAUAUUAUUAAAGCUUGCAUCUCUCCCUCACACACGCACACACACACACACACACACAAAUUAUGACACGAGCUAUUGCUAAGUUAAAUUAUGUUCUGGAGCUUUACGUGCCAAAACCUCAAUAUGAAUAAUGGCAGGUCGUAGCAAGGGAAUUCGGCUUAAUUCUGACCAACUGGGGUGCUUUGACGUGCGCCUAAAUCGAAGUACACUAGUGUUUUCUUGCAUUUAGCCCCCAUCGGAACUGAGAAGUUCGCCAGCUGAAUUAAACGAACACGAGCCUGGGAUACGUGCACGGACUUCCCGGCGUGAUGACAUCCGGCAGUGAAAUAAGCAUAAUUAUGCUCGAAAUAGCAUCCUACUAUCCCGGCAACAGUUACUGUAUCUGGCGCUCCACUGCUGCUAUGACACAAUAGAGAGUUUUAGAAUAGGGGCCCAAGACGUUUUGAGGCCCCAAAGAAAUAGCGUCGAAGCCACUGCGCAUGCGCGAGACGCAAACUGCCUUUGGGUUUUGCGUUGGGAACGCUAUUUCACCGAUUUAGCGGGAGCCCAAAUAGCGGCCCCAAAAGCUUUGCGUUAGCAAACAUGGCGGCGCCCAUCGAAGCGAAGGCUCUAACCUAGCACCAAACUGGGUUCGAUUCGCGGUAACGCGUGAAGUUCGCAAGCUAGGAGAAGUGACUGCGGUUAUCGCUUUCUCUCAGCUAGCGUGUGUCAUGAAGAUUCAUUCAUUAGACGCCGCUGAUUCCGGAUUCGAUUGUGGAUAAUAUGGCUCGUAGGCCUAACACGUCUAAGGCUGGUAAAGGCACGUAAAGUUGCUUUGCUCCAAACUAAGCGCAACUAAUUUUUUGCUGCUCGAAUAAGCUCUAAAUUGUAAUUAAACGCGAAUACACGCAAGUCAAAAUUACUAUUACUAUCAUAAAAUGGUAUAUUUUAUUUAAUUAUUUCUAAUAGUUUUUCUUUGAUGCCGUAGUGGCGCUGUCAGCGCAAGACGCUAUCCGCAAACGCAAAGCCCUAUUCUCAAACUCUUCACUCCUGCGUGCCCCAAUGCUAACACCCGCAAAGCUCUCUGGGACCCCAAACUAUUGGGGCCCCUAUUCUAAGACUCUCUAAUAUGGCUGCCAUUUACCGGUUCAAUGGCCAAACCUGGUGGCCAAUCACCACGUGACGCUAUGUCCCGGCAGAACAAGGCAGCUGUGCCACGUACCUCCACAAGUGCAAUGCGCGGUCCGUGAGUCAUGGUGCGGCUCGGGGGAUCAGUGGGCACUCCUUUCUGUAUGUAUAUAU